AUGGACUCGUGGGUCGAGGCUGCAGCUCAGCGUCUGCGCCGCAAUUUUGCAAGUGACCGGUCGCUAUCCGUGUAUGAGUCGCUGUCAGCUCACUUACUGGAUGCAGCUACAGGCGGCGCGCUGUUCUUGGGCGGAGUCUCGGCGGCGCAAGUGGCUCAGAAGCUGCUCCACGUCGGCUCUGCCUCUGGCUUCCUGUUGCCUCAGGCAGUGGGGACCGCCGCUGUGGCCUCGUCAUCUGUCCUGGCCCUGCACUUUGCUUCCAUUCCACGCGACGUGUACCAGGAACUGUCAGCGCAGAGUCGACGCGUUAAUGAGCGAAGUUGGCUCGUACUCGGUGUGCACAACCUGCAGCCACCCACAGCCUGGAGACAGCUACAGAGUAAAAUGCAGGAGCGCUGGGCGGACCUCCCGCAGGCUCCGUAUCAGGUGUACAUGGCUAUGGGACUGCUGUGCUUCAAGCUGCUGGGCGGUCGCAUGAGUUCACUGGCACCCUCGCCCUUCGCCAAUCUUGGAGCUUUUCAUCUCAAGAAGGCGUCGCUACCGGCUACGAUCGAGUACGCCACGAGUGUGGAGAGAGGCAUCAUCCGGGAGUUCGGACGACUCUUUGGCUGCCACACGUGUGGCGUCAAGCGUGGAGUGCGGUACCACGCAGACCACAUGCCCCCCAAAUUGGUGGCCAAGCACACAGAUGAACAAUUAGUGCGCAGACUUCUGGGCCGGAAGACGACUUUCCGCUUUUACCCGCAAUGCGAACCGUGCUCGAACCAGCAGGGAACUGUCGUGAAACAGUGGAAAUCGACGCUCAAGUUGCAUUUAGUGUCAUUCCGCGCGUACCAUGCUACUGGUAUGUGGCUAAUACUCCUUUGCACCGGAGGUCUCUAUGUCGGUGGGUCAAAUUUUCACGAGACCGACCCAAGUCAGAUUGCUGCUAUUGACAACGAGUUGGAGGCGCUAUCUGAGUGCAAAUUGGCCGUUAAAGCCGACAUAAAACAGGUGAAUUAA